GCCAUAACAAAAUUGAAUUGAGUCUAAAAAGAAUUUAGAGUCGGGCUCGAGCCGGGCGGUCCAGGAAAGACUACCACCCGGGCCGGGUCGGGCCAACCGAUUCGCAUGAUGGGUCGGGCAGGCCUCGACUUUUCUUGGCCCGGCUUGUUCCGGGCGGGCCAUCAAAAAUUCACCCGAUUAGGAGCUCUGAUAGAUAUAUAUAUAUAUAUCGUAUUACAGGAUUUUUCUUCAGUUUAUACAAAAAACGAUUUGUGAUAGUACGUUUUUCUUCUUAUAAAAAUAAAAGUGAAAAACAAAACAACAUUCAAACAACGUGGUGAGUGAUUUUAGUGUAGCGCUCUGAUUCUUUGUAGAUCGGGAUUUUCGCUUUGGACUCAGUACUUUUCCGCCUUCGCCUACUGCGGAGAGACGGAGUAUCUGUUUUCUGAGUCUCUAGCGACAGACAGCUUACACAGCCAUGUUUGAUACAGCACUUGGACUGAUGGGAUUUGUUCAUUUACUCUCUUAUCAGUACAGUGUGAUAAUAAUGUGUCUUUUAUCGACGUUCUACUUGAUAUACGUGUACGAUGUUGAGACAAAUUUAAUUCAUAAUCUAACAGAUGAACUGUUUACGCCAAAUCCACUCGAGUUAAUUUGGAAUGCUCGGUUACGUAUUGCUAGCAUCUGAAAUGAUAAAUCAAGACAAAUUAUUAGAAAAGCUACAACUGACAUUGGUCAUCAAUCGUCAAGUAAUUCUUGAUCAUGUUUUUUUAAUUUUGAAUAUUGGUUAAAUUUUAAUCAAAACUGUGGUGGAUUGACUAUAACCGAUAAUAGAACUAGCAAUGAUCCAUUUUUUUAAACUAUCGGAUGUAGGAAGUGAUUCAGAAAAUGUAAAAUCAUUUCCACUUGUUGAAUUUAUCAUUACGAAUAAAUAUAUUCGGAAAUCAAAAUGGAUUUGCAUAAUUACUAGUGAAAAUAUUUGCAAAUGUAAAACAGUUUUAGUUAGAAACAUGCACUAGGAAAUAUUCAUAUUCUAUUAAUGUUAUAGUAGAUAAUUGAAUAAAUUUACAACAUUUAAUUGUACGUGUUUGGUUGUGUUGUGGAAGUAAACAUCAGUGGUAUGAUUUAAAACAGUUGUACAUCGAUGAUGAUAUUCCUGAUAAAAUUGUAACCAAAUUACCAAAACUAUUGUCAAUUGAUUUCGAAGAUCAUCUAGAGUUUUCUGACACUUGCUUAAAAAUUUUGAACAAUAAUAAAAAUCUAAGAAAUAUUCUAUUGAAAGAUAGUGGCAUUGCUGGGCACAUAAUCACUGAUGAAUCACAUAAACAACCAAUAAUUCAUUUUAGUGAAAAUGCUUUGAUUGAAUAUGCUAAACGUCAUCCAUUAUUAGAACAAUUAGAAAUGAAUGUUUGUCAGUCAAUAAUGCUCUCAACACAGUUUCUCACUAAAUUUAUUAAACAUUGUCCAAAUUAA